GAGAAUAUCAGCUGUUAGCAGAACUUACAUUGGUUACACAACGAUGUCACUGCUGUACAUCUUUCUCUUCCUUUCUCUCCUGCAUCAUCAUGUUUUACUCGCGUCUGUAACACCGAUAAGAGUCUCAACACAACAAGGUGAUGUACUUGGGAAAGAAGAGGCUGUUCAAUUACACAAUGGACAAACGAAGACCGUGUACAAGUUCUUGGGUAUUCCAUAUGCGCAGAGUCCAAUUCGUUUCAAACCUCCACAACCUCUUAGCAGUCAAYCAAGACCAAAUGACUACGACGCCACAUACUACAGAUCAGUUUGUUUACAGCUAGAUUAUUACCUUUUAUCUAUAAAGCAAGCCUGGCCUGGGUUUAACGUUAGUGAAAAUAUGAGCGAAGAUUGUCUUUAUCUGAACAUCUAUACCCCAAGUACGAAGUGCAAGACAAAAUAUCCAGUGAUGGUCCAUUUCCACGGAGGAAGCUAUGUGGCAGGCACCCCUAUUCGUGAUGUAUCCCCAGGCGAGUAUCUUCCAACACAAGGUGUUGUUCUUGUCACUGUCCAGUACAGACUCGACGCGUUUGGGUUCUUUAGCACGGGGGACUCAGAAGCACCGGGGAAUUUGGGUUUCCUUGACCAGAUAGAAGCCCUUAAAUGGAUUCGAGACAAUAUCGAUGGUUUUUGUGGGAAUAAAGGUAGCGUCACUCUCCUUGGUGAAAGCGCAGGAGGAUCGAGUGUCUCAUUACAUUAUUUAUCACCUCUGUCCAAGAAUCUGUUCCAUCGCGGAAUAGCUAUCAGCGGCGUUGCCCUAACAUUCUUUGCCCUAAAACCAAAAAAUACUGUUUUAAAAGCCAGCAAAACUAUGAUAAGGGCUUUCGCCUGCGAAAAACAAAACUCAGCAUUAACUGUUAAAUGCUUACAAUCAAAGUCCGGCAGUGCUAUUCUCAAACACAAUACAGAUCGAUUUAAUAUGCAGCCAUUCGUUGACAAUCACUUUCUGACAGAUGAACCAAGAAAUCUGUUAGAUAGGGGAGAGUUUCAAAAGUUUCCAUUGUUGUCAGGCUUUGUCAGCAACGAAGGAGUCAAUGCUUUUUCUAAUCCUAAUAUGAGUAAUAUUCCUGAGUACAAUAAGGAGCUGGGAAAUUUUUUUAAGCAAUUCAUACAUUUUUCCCAGGAACAGGCGCCAAUAGCUUUUGAUGCUCUUUCGUUUCAGUACACGCCUUGGGGGGACUUGCAAAGAUCUAGAGCAUAUCGAAAGAAUGUCGUAAAUAUGCGGAGUGACUACAUGGUUUUAGGGCCUACCCAUGAAGUCUUGUCCUUUCAUAGCAAGCAUGGUGCUACUACAUACAUGUUUGAAUUCGCCCAUCGCUCGCGUACACUUACAACAAGAAAACCAUGGAAGGGAGUAAUGCAUGAAGAUACAACUGCCUACAAGUUUGGUUUACCGUUACUAAAAUCACCCAAAACGAACCUGCGCUUUGAUGAUGAUGACAGAGCUGUCAGUAAGAAGAUGGUGACCCUAUUCACCAAUUUCGCUAAAUCUGGUAACCCUAAUAGUCCUAGCAUGCCUGCGGAGUGGAUUGCAUUCGACACAGCUAAGAAAAAGUACCUAAAAUUCCAGAAAAACCAAGGGAAGGUAGUUAAAUUGGCCAGCAAGUACCAUCCUCUAAGAAUGGCUUUCUGGGAAAAGUACUUUCCAAAGCUACUUCCAUAUGCAGUCACCUAUGGCGAAUGCAAGAAAAGUGAAGCUGCUAGACCAGAGCGAUCACUUAAAGGAUAGAACCCUGCUACUAUUGUGCGUUGCGCUCCUAAUCCGGAAAAAUAAGUUUAAAUACUUUGUGUGACUUUUCCACUUUUUCCCCCUUUUGGAUACCAACCGCUUCCUUUAUCAGGAAAAUAUUACAAACUAUGGUAAAACCUAAUCCUAUUUAGUGAAUAUAAUUAUCAAAACUAAACUAAAACGCUGUUGAUUACAACAAAAAUGGAUUGGCUAUCGGGUUAUCAAAAAAAAAAAAAAAAAAAAAAAAAAAAAAAAA